AUGCCAACCAAAUACCUCCUGGUGUCUCUCCCUCAGGGUAUAUUUGACUCAAGCAGCAAAAAUGGCGCUUUAUCAGAGCUGUCAGCAAAAAUUUCUCCCGACAACGGUUCCACGCAGGCUUUUGCCAUACCCGACUUCAAGAUCGGGACUCUUGAUGCUUUAGUGCAGCAAGCAGAUGACUUGACUAAGUUGGAGGCAGCUUGUGAGACUGUGGUAGCCAAAGUAGCCGACUCCCUGCGUACGAUCUUGGAUGGAGACGAUGACAAGAUCAGCCAGCAGAAGAUGGUCAACGACAAACCCACAGAUCAUUACAUCAACUCCUUUGUCUGGAACAAGGUCAGAUAUCGUGCCGAUAGGCCUCUGGGUGAACUGGUGGAUAUUCUGCAGAAGGAACUUGUCACGAGCGACAACGAUGUCAAGACAAAGUUCAACCAGUAUAACUCGGUCAAGACCAACUUCACGACCUUGCAGCGCAAGCAAACGGGCAACCUCUCCACAAAAUCUCUCACACCCGUUGUCGACCCGGCCUUGCUUGUCAAAGAUUCAGAGUACUUGGAAACACACUUGAUUGUCGUGCCUUCCAACGCUAAAAAGGACUUCCAGAAGGGUUACGAGACAUUGGCGCCCAUGGUCGUCCCACGCUCAGCGGUGGUAGUAGCACAGGACGACGAAUUCGUUCUUUUUGCCGUGACAACCUUCAAGAAGACGAGCACCGAAUUCCUACAGAAAUGUCGCGAGCAAAAGUGGACCCCGCGUCAGUAUAAAUAUGUUGAGGGCGGCAAGGAAGAGGAGCAGCGGGAACUCGACCGAGUCGCGCGCGAGGAGAAGAAGGUUUGGGGUGAGGCUCUUCGUAUGGGCUGUUCUUCGCUACGGCCUCCACUGGACUACGUCUCGGCUCUGGUCAAAACCACGCCAAAGUUGUCGUCCAAGGUCAGGGCUGCGCUUGAUUCCAAUUACUCUUACCUAGGUGGCAACGCCUUCGGAAGAGAUAAGCGUGGCAGGGUGACCAAAGACGAUGCAGCACUGUCAUCUGAGAUGGCUGCUGCCGGCGUUGGAGGUGCCGACGGCACUGAGUAUACGGCUUACGUCUACUACGAGUUUGAGCUGCCUUGA